CUAAAAUGGAAGUUAUCAAGUACCAAAUCUGAAUUUUUUUGGUACAAAAAAAUUCAGAUUUGGUACUUUAUAACUUGUCUAUUAGAGUAAAAACAAUAAUGUAUCACUACAUGUAUCUAGGGAUAUGCACUAAACUUAUUUUUGUUAAUAAUUUUAUUUAUAUCUAUAUAAAAGGAAUCAUUUUUAAACUCAAAAUAGAACUCAAAUAAUGUUUGAUAAUAAGACUGUUAAUCUCUAUCUUACCAUUUUGCAUAAUAAUUAAUAGUGGCAUUUAAUUAAAGCAAAGAUAUGAUAAGUUUGAAAUAUAUAUGGCAUUUAAUUAAACAAAAGAUAUGAUAAGUUUGAAAUAUAUUGAUGUAAUUAGUAUUUUUAGCAAUUUGAUUUGAUCCUCUAGUAAAACACCCCAUAAACUAUGAGUUGGUUGUUUGAAUUUGUAAAUUUGUAAUGCCAUGCAAUAAUUAAUUUCCUAUAUUUGGAAGAUUUGAUAUUUAUAACAUUAUUGUCUAUUUAAAGAAUUUGUUCUCUUCAUUCUUUUUCAUCAAGUUAAUUUUUCAAGAACAUAUAGUAAAAACUUUAGUAUAGAGAGGUAAAUGGAUGUUUUCGCGAUGAAAAAAUCAUGUUCUUCUGAGGCUUCUAGCACAUCGGCAACCUCAGAAGAUUCUCAUGAAAUCAUCACAAACGCGAAGAAGAUGAAAGAAAAGGUUGUGGAAGUCGAAGAGUGUCAGUUGAAGCCACAUGUACUGUCAUCUUCUGAUGUUCUUCUUGAUAUUGAAGUCCAUAAUGAUUACAAGAACAAGAAGAAUGUUAGUUGUUUGAAUCAUGAACUCAAUCUUUUCAAUUCAACUCAGGCUGGAGCUAGUCAUGAGUCUUCCAAUGAGGCAACACCCAAGCAAAACCGCUCUUCGGAUGGUAGGACUUUCUCUUGUAACUUCUGCAAGAGAGAGUUCUCCACUUCUCAAGCCCUAGGGGGCCAUCAAAACGCGCAUAAACAAGAGAGGGUUUUGGCUAAAAGGCGAAACAAACUUGAUGAUAUGGUUUCGCUUUUUGGUCCUACCAAUUAUCACCCCUACUAUAAUCCCUACUCGAGUUUCAACUCCCACGUACCCUUUCAUGGUUCAUUUGCUACUCGAUCUUUACUUGGUAUUCAAGGAGAUUCUUCCGCGAUUCAUAAGCCUUCUUCUUAUGAAACAUGGCCGUUUUCUUCAAGCUACAAUUUUCGAUCUGACCCUCAGAAGUGGUCAUCGUCAUCAAGCUCAUCACUUUUCAAGACAGAAAAUAUCAUAGGAAAUAAUAUUCACGGUGCUUCUUUGGAGAAUUCCCUUUUUACGAGCAAAAAUAACACAAAGGGUUUUAAUUUAAUGGAUUCAUCGGUCAAUGUUAACGAUAAUCUUGGUGGAAAAAACUAUCUCAAGAUUGGAUUGGGAGAGGAGAAAGCAAAAAAGGACAAUGAAGAAGAAGAAGAAUCGAAGCUUGAUUUGAAUCUAAAGCUUUAAUUUAAUUUGUUUUACUUUGAAUUAUUUUUCUAUUUCAUGAAGUUUUAAUUUUUAUUUGUGCAUUGCUUUUAUUAAAACAUCUAGUACUAUUUCAAUUCCUGCUUUCUUGGAAUUAAUUUUAUUUAAAUCCAUUAAAUUAUUCUCUUUAAUGUUUGAUCCUCUAAACCACUUGGCUUCUUCAUAUAUUUAUUUUCUUAUAUUUUGAAUCCCUUGACAAAAAUUUCGAUUCUGCUACUAUGCUUCCCCUUAAUAUAAAUUAUUCACCAGAUAUAUUUUUGAAAAUCCCCAAUAAUUGAUCCAUUAUCUAGUGAAAUUGUUGCAUGGUGAACUAGGCAUUGAACCAAUUUAUUCCUUUUAACCAAAAGAUUGUAUGUUCAUAUAAAGACAUUUAUGUCCAAUGAUAGCUUUGAUAUCAAAAAGGACUAAUAUGUUGCAUGAUGAGUAGCGGUCUCGAGGCCGCUACUCAUCGCGUGGAGGGCUAAGGAGGCUCUAACGGGCGCCCACCACGUGAAAGGAGAUAUCGCAAGCCCUAGAGCCAGUGUCGGAUUCGAGAUUUAGGGGUCGUGAGUGCUGGUGAGGUUCCAACACAGAUAUUGACGCCCAAAGCUUUAAGAUUUUUCCCGAAAACCAAAACACCCAGCUAUUUUCUUGGUUUUCU